CUGCUUGAUCGUCGGCGAGAAUAUCACAAAAUAAACAUGGCAACUCAAAGGGCAUAUUGCGUUCAAAGUCCAUGGCACCGUUCAGGCCAGCUAUGUUUAACAAGUACCUCUACAGGUGUGGGUUUCCGUGAUUUCACCAUGAAGCGUGCUGCGGAAUACGGUCUCAGCGGCUGGGUGAAGAACACUGAUUGCGGAAGGGUCGAAGGCGAAGCACAAGGCUCAGAAGAGGGUAUCCAAAAAUUUCUCAAGGAUAUCAAUAAUGGCCCUCGACUUGCACAUGUAGUCAAGCUGGAGAAGAAGACACUCGAUCCGAAAGACGGAGAGAGUCAUUUUGGGCUUAGGAAGACAUCGGCGACUGUUUUUGAUUCACUUUGAUGGUCGACUAUACAGUGUAUACUCUGGUUCAAGCAGAAUAAA